AUUCAGCUGUGCUCUUAUUUGACCUUCUUGUUUCCCGAGGGGAUUAUUGACUCGCUCCUGCGACCCUCUAUUCAAUAAUGAAUAAUAUCCGCCAAAUUCAAGCGCUCAACAAGCGCGAGCUUGAAAAUGCCAUAUCCCCGGAAGCUUCCUGGCACGCCGACUACAGAGACACCGCUUACAUAUACAUCGGUGGACUACCAUACGAUUUAUCCGAGGGUGAUAUUAUAACCAUCUUUUCGCAAUACGGCGAGCCCGUGCACAUAAACCUGGUGCGCGACAAAGAGACCGGAAAGAGUCGAGGCUUUUGCUUCUUGAAAUACGAGGAUCAACGCAGUACAGAUCUCGCUGUCGAUAACCUUGGUGGGGCAACAGUGCUGGGGAGAGUGCUGCGUGUGGACCACGUGAGAUACAAGCGGCGGGAUGACGAGGAGGAAACAGACAAUGUCGCAAAGCUCAUGGGUGAUACGACCAGCAAGGAUCAUGAUGACAGAGAUACAGAUGAUGAGCGGAGAAGACGGAGGAAGAGAAGGGGAAGCGAAUCAAGGGAGGAGCCCGCAAGACGGCCUCUGCUCAAGGAGGAGAUCGAGCUACAGGAGCUGAUUAAGAACCACGACGAGGAAGAUCCAAUGAAGGAGUUCCUCAUUGAAGAGAAGAAGGAGGAGGUCGCACUCGCUCUGGAAAAGAUGCGCAGCAGCGAGAAAUCAUCUCGGAGACGUGACAGCCGUGAGAGAUCAAGCCGCCAUCACCGUUCUCACCGUCGGAGACACGAUGACGAACGAGACUCGGAGAGAAGACGCAGAGAUCGGUCGCCCAGAAGGGAAGAGCGAUCUCAUAGAGCGAGGUCUCCUUCUAGAAGGGAGAGGUCCGACAGAGACAGGACGCCAGUCGCGUCGCGAUCCCCCGACUCCCGACGCUACAGAGAUAGACAUGAUCGACACCGUUAAAUGUCUGGAAAUGCUAUCUAAAUAUUAAAUAUGCUAAUGAGGACUGAGUCUCUUAACUGAUCCUGGGAAAAAGCCAUCCAAUAAAAGAUCUCCAGGAUCUUCGUGGCCGAAUGCUGCAGUCCGCGCCUGUUCUUGAAAUGCAAGUCUGCUGGUUCAUCAU